UGAAUCUUAACCAUCCCCUUUUGUUCAAAAUAUUACCUUGUAUCCAAAGAAAUCAUGUCUCCUUCAAUCUCCCUGUCUCUGAUAAAAUAUUUCUCGUACGAAGCAAAAAUGAAGAGCAGGAACAGAAACUUGGCCACCCUGAGUUUGAUGAUAAUUACGGUUCUAUCAUGGACGAAGAUUGUGGCUGGACAAGAAGCACUAUUAGGAAAGAAAGUAUUGCCAUUGUGCCACAGAGAAUGUAUGCCAAUUUGCAUGAAAGUGACAGAAGCUACGCAAGAGAUUUGUGACGGGGCAUGCCAAGCUGGUUGUGUCCAGCUUCAAGGUCGAGGAACCGGACUUUCGGCCACUGAUCAAGGAGUCGAUAUGGUCAUUGCAUAGAGAAAUAUCUGAUGUAUUAUUCACAGGGGAAAAGGAAGAUUAUGUAUUACCUAUAUUGUAGUUGUCUUUUAUAUGUAACAGAUUGUAAAAAUGGGUCAUCUCUUAAA